AACAUUGGUUUCCUGUCAUUCUACCUUUCUUAGUUGAGUUUAACAGUGGCCUGAGAGCACUGAAGUUUUCAGAAUCUGUUUGUGAAAAGGUGUUAAGUGCUAAUGGAGAGCUUAUCUGAUGCUACCAGCUGUAGCCUACUUAAUGUAAGGAAUGCCCUUGCAAGCUGGAGGAAGGAACUAACUUAAUGCAAAGAAAAAUAAGAUGCAUUUUGUAGGUGACUCGCUAAUUCAGUGGGUUCUGUAGAAUCACUUUCUUUUUCUUUUUACCAUUUUCCCCCCUAAAUAUGGUUUUAUUUUUCCUGACAAAUAUGUCAGUCUAAUUGACUAUUAUUGAAAAGUCUGUGCCAUUGCCUGUUGUGAUCUACUUGUUUCUGCUGUGAAUGAGAAUCCUUAAAGGCAUCAGCAAAAGUUUAGAAAAAUGCUAACCAUAACGCUACCUGCUUUUAUACUUGUUUUCUUUUUUAAGUGCAAUAAAGACUUAGUGGUCAGCCUUUGUUGAAAGCAAGCCUCAGCUCUCACAGAAUUUUCAGAUCCCAAAAUAGCAGGGAAGUUGUAAAAUGUUUGUUUUCACAAGGCAUACGCUGCCAUGUUUUCAUGGUACAAAAUUGCAUACCUGGAAACAAUUAGUUAGGCAGCAUCCAUGUUUAUUUUUUCCAUUUUAGGAGCUAAAAAUGUUUGGUGUACCUCUCAGUCAGCAAUGUGAAGCUGAGUACAUUUCACUGUGCAAUCACAUCUCAGGAGCAGUGAGAGAUUCUGGUUCUGCAGCUGGUGGCAGUAGACAUUGAGGACAGAACAGCAGAAAAAAUUAACUCUUUCAUUUUGGUAUACACUUUAAAGUGGAGUUCUUGUUUACUUCUCAGCAGGUAGCCACUUGGGAAUCAGUUAUUGAAAAGUUCACGUUUGAAGACCUCAAUUCCAUCUUGAAAGUUAAGAAAUGAAACUCAGAUUUUAGAAACAACCAGUUGUAUGAAGCCUUGGGGUUGGCGGAGGAGGAAAAGAGUAGAAGAAAAUGAAACAGAGGACCAUCAGGCAGGUGUGGGACACACAGCCGCACAGACUGACCCUAACUGUAAACUAGAAGACAAGGCAGAAGAUGGAGAUGUGCUAGACUGUAAGAAAAGGCCGGAUGAAGGGGAGGAGUUAGAAGAAGAAGCUGUGCACAGCUGUGACAGCUGCCUCCAGGUGUUUGAGUCACUGAGCGAUAUCACAGAACACAAGAUUAAUCAAUGUCAACUGACAGACGGAGUGGAUGUUGAGGAUGACCCCUCCUGCUCAUGGCCAGCAUCAUCUCCUUCUAGCAAGGAUCAGACUUCCCCGAGCCAUGGAGAAGGCUGUGAUUUUGGAGAAGAGGAAGGAGGCCCAGGUUUGCCCUAUCCAUGCCAGUUCUGUGACAAGUCGUUCAGCCGCCUCAGCUACUUAAAGCACCACGAGCAAAGUCACAGUGACAAGCUCCCUUUCAAAUGCACAUAUUGCAGCCGUCUCUUCAAACACAAACGGAGCAGGGACCGCCACAUAAAGCUUCAUACGGGAGACAAGAAGUAUCACUGCAGUGAGUGUGAUGCGGCGUUCUCAAGGAGUGAUCAUCUUAAAAUUCACUUAAAGACUCAUACGUCCAACAAGCCAUAUAAGUGUGCCAUUUGUAGACGUGGGUUCCUGUCAUCUAGUUCACUGCAUGGACACAUGCAGGUUCACGAGAGGAACAAAGAUGGCUCCCAGUCCGCUUCCCGGAUGGAGGACUGGAAAAUGAAAGACACUCAGAAAUGCAGUCAGUGUGAAGAAGGCUUUGAUUUUCCUGAAGAUCUUCAGAAGCACAUUGCAGAAUGUCACCCUGAGUGUUCGCCUAAUGAAGACCGAUCUGCUCUUCAGUGUGUUUACUGUCAUGAACUCUUUGUAGAGGAAACAUCCCUAGUAAAUCACAUGGAGCAGGCUCAUAAUGGUGAGAAGAAGAAUUCAUGCAGCAUUUGCUCUGAGAACUUUCACACUGUGGAGGAGCUGUACAGCCACAUGGACAGUCACCAGCAGCCAGAGUCAUGCAACCACAGCAACAGCCCAUCUUUGGUAACUGUGGGGUACACAUCAGUCUCUAGCACUACCCCAGAUUCAAAUCUUUCAGUGGAUAGCUCAACAAUGGUGGAAACAGCUCCUCCUAUACCAAAAGGUCGUGGAAGGAAGCGAGCAGCUCAGCAAGUGCCAGAUAUCACUGGUCCUUCAAGUAAGCAGGCAAAAGUUACUUAUAGCUGCAUUUACUGCAACAAACAGUUGUUUUCCAGCCUUGCAGUUUUGCAGAUACACCUGAAAACUAUGCAUUUAGAUAAACCUGAACAAGCCCAUAUCUGUCAGUAUUGUUUGGAGGUAUUGCCAUCUCUGUACAAUCUGAAUGAACAUCUUAAGCAAGUCCAUGAAGCUCCAGACCCAGCACUGAUUGUUUCUACCAUGCCUGCCAUGGUCUACCAGUGCAACUUCUGCUCUGAAGUGUUCAAUGACCUCAACACCCUUCAGGAACACAUCCGAUGUUCUCAUGGAUUUGCCAAUCCUGCUGCUAAGGACAGUAAUGCUUUCUUUUGUCCCCAUUGCUACAUGGGAUUUCUUACAGAUUCUUCCCUGGAAGAGCAUAUUAGACAAGUCCAUUGUGAUCUUAGCAGUUCCCGUUUUGGUUCUCCUGUGCUUGGAACCCCAAAAGAUCCAGUGGUGGAAGUGUAUUCUUGUUCUUACUGUACCAAUUCUCCAAUAUUUAAUAGUGUUCUUAAACUGAACAAGCAUAUCAAGGAGAACCAUAAGAACAUUCCUUUGGCGCUGAAUUAUAUCCACAAUGGGAAAAAGUCCAGAGCCAUGAGUCCAUUAUCUCCUGUAACCAUUGAGCAGACCUCUUUAAAGAUGAUGCAGGCAGUUGGAGGUGCUCCUGCUCGUCCUGCUGGGGAAUAUAUUUGUAAUCAGUGUGGUGCUAAGUAUACUUCCUUGGAUGGUUUUCAGACUCAUUUGAAAACACAUCUUGACACUGUCCUGCCAAAACUGACCUGCCCUCAGUGCAACAAGGAAUUUCCAAAUCAGGAGUCACUGCUGAAGCACGUUACCAUUCAUUUCAUGAUCACCUCAACCUACUACAUCUGUGAAAGCUGUGACAAGCAGUUUACUUCUGUGGAUGACUUGCAGAAACACCUACUGGACAUGCAUACAUUUGUGUUCUUCCGCUGCACCUUGUGCCAAGAGGUUUUUGACUCCAAAGUCUCCAUUCAGCUGCACUUGGCUGUGAAGCACAGCAAUGAGAAGAAGGUAUACAGAUGUACAUCUUGCAACUGGGAUUUCCGCAACGAGACCGACCUGCAGCUUCAUGUAAAACACAACCACCUGGAGAACCAAGGCAAAGUACACAAGUGCAUCUUCUGUGGUGAAUCCUUUGGUACAGAGGUGGAGCUGCAAUGUCACAUCACUACGCACAGCAAGAAGUACAACUGCAAGUUCUGCAGCAAAGCUUUCCAUGCUAUCAUCUUGCUGGAAAAGCACUUGAGGGAAAAACAUUGUGUUUUUGAAACGAAAACCCCAAACUGUGGAACGAAUGGGGCAUCUGAACAAGUUCAGAAAGAGGAAGUGGAACUCCAGACCUUGUUGACAAAUAGCCAGGAGUCCCAUAACAGCCACGAUGGCAGUGAAGAAGAUGUGGACACAUCUGAGCCUAUGUAUGGCUGUGACAUUUGUGGAGCAGCUUACACCAUGGAGACUCUCUUGCAGAAUCACCAGCUGCGAGACCACAACAUUCGACCUGGAGAAAGUGCCAUAGUGAAGAAAAAGGCUGAACUCAUUAAAGGGAAUUACAAGUGUAAUGUGUGUUCUCGAACAUUCUUCUCUGAAAAUGGGCUUCGAGAGCACAUGCAGACACACUUGGGACCAGUGAAACACUAUAUGUGCCCAAUCUGUGGUGAGCGGUUUCCAUCUCUUCUGACUCUUACUGAACAUAAGGUCACACAUAGUAAGAGCCUGGACACUGGAAACUGCAGGAUUUGCAAGAUGCCACUCCAAAGUGAGGAGGAAUUUUUAGAGCAUUGCCAAAUGCACCCUGACCUGAGGAACUCCUUGACAGGGUUCCGCUGUGUGGUGUGCAUGCAGACAGUGACCUCCACGCUGGAACUGAAAAUCCAUGGCACAUUCCAUAUGCAGAAAACUGGAAAUGGUUCUGCUGUGCAGUCCACAGGACGUGCACAGCAUCUCCAGAAACUGUACAAGUGUGCGUCUUGCCUGAAAGAAUUCCGUUCGAAACAGGAUUUAGUGAAACUUGACAUCAACGGUCUGCCAUAUGGUCUGUGUGCUAGCUGUGUUAAUCUCAGUAAAAGUGGUAGUCCAAGUGUCAACAUCCCUUCAAGCAGUAACAGACAAGGAAUGGGCCAAAAUGAGAACUUGAGUUCCAUUGAGAACAAAAGCAAGGCAGGGGGACUGAAGACUCGCUGUUCUAGUUGCAAUGUAAAAUUUGAAUCAGAAACUGAACUCCAAAAUCAUAUUCAGUCAAUCCACAGAGAGCUUGUUCCAGACAGCAACAGUACACAGCUGAAAACACCACAAGUAUCUCCAAUGCCUAGAAUCAGCCCCUCACAAACUGAAGAGAAGAAGACCUACCAGUGCAUCAAAUGUCAGAUGGUUUUCUACAAUGAGUGGGAUAUCCAAGUUCAUGUUGCAAACCACAUGAUUGAUGAAGGACUGAACCAUGAAUGCAAACUCUGCAAUCAGACAUUCGACUCUCCUGCCAAACUUCAGUGCCACCUGAUAGAGCACAGCUUUGAAGGCAUGGGGGGCACCUUCAAAUGUCCCGUGUGCUUUACAGUGUUUGUCCAAGCAAACAAGUUGCAGCAGCAUAUUUUCUCAGCCCAUGGACAAGAGGACAAGAUCUAUGACUGCACACAGUGUCCACAGAAGUUCUUCUUCCAAACAGAGCUGCAGGUACCACACUUGUUACCUGGGGGUUAUAAAAGCAUUAUGUAUUUGAUAGCUGAGUUCAAAGCUGUACUUGCCAUGACCUCCUCUGAUACUUGGUUAUCAUCAGGAUGGGAAUUACAGAAGGUCAAGAGAAAUUGCAGGUGAUUCAACCCAUGCUGCUUCAAAAAGAUGCUGCCAGAAAGACACCUGGUACAGAGCUGAAUUCCAGGAUUCUUGCACUGUAGGUUAUUGCAGCUCAAGGUAUUCUCUAGGAGAAAGAAAUGGGCAUCCUAUUUUUCUGCUUGAUAGCCAUAAAAUGUUCAGUAAACCAGUGAAAUGGAAAAUAAAUGUAUUCUUUUGUCUUUAAAUGUGAAAAGCUAUGCACUGAAGUAGGAAUGUAGUGAUGGCAGAGAGGGGAAGUAGACAAUUUCUCUUUUGACUUAAUGGAGAAUAAAAAUAGGGACAAAUUAACGUCUUUGUGGGCUGUUGUCAGAUUUGUUAUGAUACUGUUUAUUAAUGGUAAACAAAAGGAGAGAAGAAAGAAAGAAAGAAAGAAAGAAAGAAAGAAAGAAAGAAAGAAAGAAAGAAAGAAAGAAAGAAAGAAAGA